AUGAAGCGGAUUCCAGCUCAUGGACGCCAGACAGCCAAGACUCCUACCCCUUCUGCUUUAAAGAGCUCAAUUUUCAGAGGACAGGGAUUUCACUCACCCUUCGGUUUUGCGGCGCGCAGCCCGGGCCAAGCCAGACACCGGCCGGGACAAAGCUCCCAGCUCCACGCCAGGGGCUCCGAGUCCCUCCCCACCGAGCCGGCGCGGCGGGCAGAGCGGGGUCCGGGGCGGGCAGAGCAGGCUGCUACCGCCGGUCCGCGGCGGGGCGCGUCGCGCCAGCCCGGGCUCAGCUCGGCACCGCUGGAGCCGAGAGCCCCAAGCGACACGGGCCUGACUGCGAGACGGCGCCCGGCGGAGCUUCCUCCUCUCGCCCCCAGAGACCAGCGUGUCCGCAGGGCACGGCCCGCGCCCCCCGCCUGGGCCGCCGAGCCCCAGCAGCCCGGCAAGAGGCGCUGCUCCCCGCCUGACCCGCUCACAGGGCGCCCCAAGCACCGCCAGCCCCACGCUCAGGGCUCCGCUCAGCGCCCGCCGCCGGGAUCGGCCCCGCGGUGCCCGGGGCAGCUCGCCAAGGGAGACCAUCGCAGUGGAGCGCCGGAGCCCCCCGGCCAGCCCCUACACGCGGCGCUGCGGCGGCCACCAGCCCGGCUCCCGCGGGCUUUGGCUUGCAGCGAGCCCGGAGCAGCCGCCGUGCGGGCGAGUCCGCAUCUCUCUGCCCGCCGCACUGCUGAGCCCGGUGAAAGUGACUGCACAAGAUUCCAGGCAAGAAGUCUGGGCUUAUGUAGCUUUUUCUAUAUUUUGAUGUGGCACUGAAGGAUUGUUAGUAUACCUUGAAUUUGGACAGACUGCAAAAGAUUAUUUUGAUUCCACUACCACCACCCCAACUCUUCUUACAAGACGUAAAUGUUUCUUUCAGGAUUUUCUAUGAUAUGCCAAUAUAGAACCAGGGAUUUGAGAUCCUCUGAAAAGUAAAGCAUUGGGUUCUCUUUUCAUUACCGUAAAACUGAACUACUUUGUCUACCUGAGGAAUAGUUCUAAAUUAAUUCUGGGUGCUAUUUUUUUCUAAAGCAGCAAAGAAGAAAAUGAUAAAACCAGCAUCCAAAGAAAGGUACAGUAUACACAGGGUAUGUCUACACUGCAGUUAAACAUCCCUUGCUGGCCUGACAACUGACUCAGGCUUCUGCUGUGGGGUUAUAAACUUGCAGUGUAGACAGCCUGAAUGCAAGCUCUAGGCCUUUCCUCUCACAACCUCUUCUCCUCACACAAAUCCACACUCCUGUAUUUUUGUCUGGCUCACCUUAAUUGUGGCUUGAUCUUUCAUUUCUUGUACCCAAAAUUCACAUUGAUUUUAAUGGGAGUUUUUCAUGUACAAAAUGCUUUGUUUUGAUGUUCACGCUUCCAGUGCACUUUUCUUCUCCAGCUUGAAACAUUAGAAAUAUGAUCCCUUUUUGUGAUGGAUCCAGCAUUUUGUACAUGAAAAACUCCCAUUAAAAUCAAUGUGAGUUUUGGGUACAAGAAAUGAAAGAUCAAGCCACAAUUAAGGUGAGUCAGAGAUGACAGAUAAAUGAAGCAUUUAUUUUUAUGGGAAAUUGUCAAAAAGCAGGUUUGAUCACUUGUGCUCACAGAACUGUUUUUUUUCCUCAUUUGUUUUCAGUAUGUACAGUAUCAAACAACAUGAAAUGUGGUAUGGCAAAACAAUGCAAGAAUUAUAUACAGUAACUCCUCACUUAAAGUCGUCCCGGUUAAUGUUGUUUCGUUGUUACGUUGCUGAUCAAUUA